CAUUCCCCACUAUGUACUUAGCUACAGCUGGAGAUUCACAGCCUGGGAGUCUGGGCAGGCAUAUCUGAUUUCCUUCAGUUAUUCGAUGCAACACAUUUUUUUUUGGGUGAACAGAUCUACAGAGGCAUUAAGAUGUAUUACUUUUCCUCUAGAGGUUUGCCUGCAAUUUAUAAUUUUGCAUCCCAAUUUGGCCUGCUAAGGAAGUUUCACCAUUGCUGUGGUGCACUGCUGCAACAGUCUGCUGCAAAGGAAACUUCCAUUAAUGUUCCUCAGAUGCCUCCAUGCGAUUUCUCACCUAAAGAAUAUGAGGGACUUCCUUAUGAUCAUGUGAUGGGAGUAUACAAGACUAACAAGGCAGCAUUUCAGCUGACGUUCUAUAAGAAGCCGCUACUUAUUCAGCAAGGUUACAUGCAGUGGUUGUGGGAUGCAGACAAACGGCGCUACUUAGACCUCUUUGCUGGAAUUGUCACUGUAAGCGUUGGCCACUGUCACCCGAAAGUAACUGUAGCUGCACAGAAACAGCUCGCUCAGUUGUGGCACACAACCAGCAUCUACCUGAAUUCACGCACCUAUGAAUAUAUUGAGAAGUUGUCAGCCAAGUUUCCACACCCUUUAAAGGUUGUCUUCCUCGUUAACAGUGGCUCUGAGGCAAAUGACUUGGCAAUGUUCUUGGCAAGACUACACACUCAGUGCUUUGACAUCAUAACUUUAAGGGGUGCCUACCAUGGAGCCAGUCCUUACACAAUGGGCCUUACUUCAAAUUCAUCUUGGAAAUAUACUGUGGCCAAUGGUUUUGGAUGUCACCCAACAAUGUGCCCUGAUGUGUUUUCUGGCCCAUGGGGAGGAAGCCAUUGCAGAGAUUCCUCAGUCCAGACUGUCCGUUCUUGCAAUUGCUCUCCAGGGACCUGCCAAGCAAAGGACCAAUACAUCGAACAAAUGAAAGAUGUACUUCAGACAUGUGUACCUAAAAGGAUAGCUGGCUUCAUUGCUGAACCCAUUCAGGGUGUUAAUGGAGCAGUGCAAUAUCCAAAAGGUUUCCUGAAAGAGGCCUACGAGCUUAUUAGAGAGAGAGGAGGUGUCUGCAUAGCAGAUGAGGUCCAGACUGGUUUUGGACGAGUAGGAAGCCAUUACUGGGGCUUCCAGAGCCACGAUAUCAUGCCUGACAUUGUUACAAUGGCAAAAGGCAUUGGAAAUGGUUUCCCAAUGGGUGCCGUUAUUACGACUCCUGAAAUCGCCGGGAAUAUAACUCAAGCCUUGCACUUCAACACAUUUGGUGGAAACCCUGUUGCCUGUGCUGUUGGGUCAGCUGUGCUGGAUGCAAUUGAAGAAGAUGGCUUGCAGAAGAACUGUGAUGAACUGGGAACAUAUUUCAUGCUGGAGUUUGCCAAAUUACAAAAAAAGUAUGAAAUCAUUGGUGAUGUGCGUGGAAAGGGUCUGAUGAUUGGAAUCCAGAUGGUGAAGGACAGAGUGACCAGAAAGCCUCUGCCUCUGGAUGAGAUGAACCAGAUUUGGGAAGACUGCAAAGACAUGGGAGUUCUGCUUGGAAAAGGAGGGCUUUUUUCUCAGACAUUCAGGAUCAAACCACCAAUGUGCAUCCGCAGAGAAGAUGUAGACUUUUCAAUCGCUGUCUUUGAAGCUGCAUUAGAAAAGCACACGAAGAGAACAAAUGCUGACAAACAGUGAGAGCAAGGGGAAAGAGCAACUCACCACUGUUUAAGAAGACCAUUAGGAGGUGACAAGUUGGAACACAGCUUCAAUAAAGAGCUUAAAUUAUAUUCUUUCAUUUAUGUUAAAUUGCAUAUUAACAAGACUGUAAAAUGUGACACCUUUAAUUACUGUGCAUUAAAAUAACUUUGCUAUAAUGUAAAAUUUAAAUAUGGAGCAAUAUCUAGUGUGUUUUUUUCCAGUUUGACUUUUUAUGGACUGCAAACACUGCAUGCAUACAUUUCAGCUCUCUCACAUCACAUUACAGCCUUGUCACUCUCUGAAGAGAUCCAGCUGUUCUGACCCAUAAGAAAUGACAGCAUCAUGGAAUGAAUUGAAUUUUGUUUUCUUUCUUUCUUCUUUAAAGCCUGAUAAACUUUGGGUUACACAUUCUCAAUUGCAGACUUUCACAUUUAACAUUUUAAGUGACAAAUAUCUAAAAUGCUAUGUUCACCAAGAUUUUUUUGGUUUGAUAUAAUUUCUUACAAAGGUUGUUCAACUGGGUUGAGGCCCACUUCUGUCGAAGUCCGGAAGCACUGUUUGGUUAAGCGACUUGUAUAGUCAUACAGUUGCCAAAUAGACACUGAGGGAAUCAAACACAGGACUACAGGAUAACCCAAACAACUAUAGUAAACUCUCUCUCAUACUUUCCACAUCAACUCCCAACAAAGUAUCCUUUAAUUUCUUCACCAUUUUUUUGUUUGGAGGUUUGACUACUAAUAUGUAUGCAUAAAGGCAGAAUUCCUCCAUUUUUGUGAGUGAAAAAGAAAAGCGUCCAUUACAGAAUUAUCCAAAUGUGCCUUCAGCAAAGUGAUUUUGACUUAACACUGCCAUUAAAAUGUGAAUAUAAAUAAAAAUUAGAUGAUGAAAUACUGGCAUUUCUACUUGAUAAGAGUAGCAGGAAUGCAGUGCUGUACUUUAACAGACUGUUCUUGUUCCUAGAUUAAAUCAUCAAUGUAAAUAACCAUAUAACCCUUAUCAUUAAACCUUGUAAUUCCAGAUGAA